UAGUUAUUCUUUCUCAUAACUCCUCAGUUGAUGAUUAUUCUUUUGAGUUCAUCUCUUCUUUUUCUCCAAAAAUGAUAAUAUGCCCUAUUUUUUUCAAAGAAGGUCAUCCAUCCCAGACUUUGUACCAGUCAUUGAAGAGAAUAAAAUCGUUACAAUCCUCAAUGCCACAUAAAUUUUAUUAUUACGUAAAGACUACCAUUGAGGAGAAUGGUGAAGAUAAAGAAGCUUUUUCCAAAUGUGAGGACUCUACCCAUAAACUGAUCUUUUCCUUGGAGCAUCCAAUCUCCAUGAUGUUUAAUACUACUGGUGGUGGGUACAUACGACAGUUUGUACCCGAUCCAAUUCCGAAUUCAUCAGAUUGAGAUAAUUUAAUUGUUUUAACAUUUAUUUUAUAAGUUUUGUCAGUUUGUAAUCAUAAAUAGAGAAUUUAAUCACUGAAA